CAAAACAGGAAUAGAGUGCUAACCGUCCAUAUUAACUUUGCUCUUGCGGAAGGACUAGUAGGUUUCAGACGUAGCAACAAGACAGAUGACUGAAAAUUUAUCAUCCGGUAUCUGUAUCACCUAGUACAAUAAAUUUGUUCUUGAUAAUUUGCGCUUGACAGACUUAGGACACGGACUUACAUCAACCUCGUAAUAAAUUCGAUAUUGAUGCACUCGACCACUGAUACUACCUGGUGCUGGUGGUCUUAGAUUAUUUGUCCUUGAUGCAGCCCGUCCGAAACCGACUCGUUCCGUCCUGAAUGUUGCCCUCCGGAGACUCCGGCGCACCGCCAGUGAAGCCAUGGCUACGAAGAGGGAGGGGCGCUCCAGGCAGUGGCUCUUCGAUGACAGACGGGGUAAAAAUACUAGAUCCUCGGAACGCUUAUAACGAUGAGAUUGGUCGUGGCGGCUCCUCGUCCUCAUCCACGCGCUUGGUUGGUGGUACUACCGGGGUCGGUGGUACUGGCGUCGUGGUGGACGACAUAUACGAUAUCGAUCCGAUAGCAGGUGGGAACAACGAUCCUCUGCUUCCAGCAUCUUCAUCUAGGACUAUUAACGCUAAUGCCGGACGGAGACUCGCAGGAGCAGGAAGAACACCAAGUGGACCUCUGACCUGUAUGAGGCCACUCAUUGAGAGCAAAGAGAAGAUGGGGAUGUCGUUCCUUAGUUGAGAACAAAGAGAAGGAGGGACGACAUUUUUCCCCUAUCGACGUUCUGAAUAAGUGGAAGCAUUCAUGACAACUACAAGUGCAGCGUUAGCGGGCGCCGCAGGCAGUCUUCUAGACGAGCCCGAAAAUUUGCAGCUUGCAGUACCUUCCAUGGAUGCCGAGGAUGACGCAGGGGGUGGCGUUCUAGCAACUGAAGAUGCAGCGUCUAGAAUCGGUGGAGCAGGUGGCUACCAAGAUGGAAACAUGUACAAUCCCGGAGGGUCCUUUGGUGGCGGGAUGUAUGGAGGGUACGGACCCGGUCGUGGUGGCGACGUCGAUCUUUUCGGUCCCACAGCGGAGAGUUUGUUUCAGUUUGAACAGGGAUUAGUUAAGGCUCAUCAUGCUUCAGCUUCACAGGAGAACAAAGUAAGAGAAAACGUGUCAGUCUCAGUUUCCUUCUUGGAUUCUGAGAUUAUGAUUGAAGUGACCUAACCUUACCUUUUUUCCUAGUUAGCUUGGCUCCACCCGUAUUAUUUGAAGUGAACGAAAUAAGUUGAACUACUGCGAGCUCUAACCUAGCUUUGAACGACGUGGUCUGGGAUGUGAUAGCAGAUGCUUUCGAUUGGUGUCGCAUGUCUCUAUGCCAGAAAGCGAUCCCAACAGCUGUAGCAGUUGUCUCUAGACUACGACAGUGGGUUAUACCCUGCGACACUGAUCCAGAGUGGCUCUUCCACGAGGGGCGAUGGAUAAUCACGAAUCUUAUGGAUCAAACAAGAACUGGUGUAACUGUUAGUACUGAAGCGGUACUAGUGAUUAAGUGGUUGUAGUGUUACUGACUCUUACCAGGUAAGGGCAAACAGCGGAUGGUGUACUUCAUGCUCCUUAAGUCCUCUCUGCUCUUCUAAUCUGUAGGGGCACAUCGAAGCUCGUAGGAUACUUAGAGCAGAACGCGACGAAGAUCGGAGAUAUAGGGAAAUCCGGAGACUCGCAGAACUGACGCGGCUUGCCGAAAGAGACGCAGAGUUAUUGCUUUUCCCACGCGCUUCAUCAUCCACAGGAGCCACAUCCUGCUUUGUUACAAGACCUAAUACCACUUCUAGUCGAGCAAGAGUGAUCCAUUUGUUGAAAAAAAAGGAUCAGAAACACUGGGCUCAAUUUAAGCGAGAACUGCUGCUGGAAUGGUUUUUCGACUUCCUCGCGCGUUACCGGUUCAAUAGGCUCCUUCGACUGCUAGGUGUGCUUUUUCUGUGGAAAAUGUACUUGAUUCGACGGCGGCGGAAACUCUUGGCCCAGCAAACUGGAGACCCUGUCGCGCAAAAAAUGUGGGAUACCUUAGCUACAGCUGCGAAGCUGAGGCAAGCGACUGCGACGCCGACGCCAGCUAAGACGUAAAGGCGUGUACUGGGUAGCUAGUUGUGGUACCUUUGCAAAUUUUUUUACUCGUCCAUGUCCAUUCAUCUUGCUUGUGUCUGCACACCUGGAGGCACUUCUCCGUGUUAGUAGAGCAUGAUGUUUCAUCCGC